AUGGAACAGAUAUACAAGCUAUAUCACUUUAGACUUAGAGACACUAACGUGCUAGAGAUGAGUACCCCAUCAUGUACACAUAUUAGACUUAGAGACACUAACGUGCUAGAGAAGAGUACCCCAUCACGUACACAUAUUAGACUUAGAGACACUAACGUGCUAGAGAAGAGUACCCCAUCACGUACACAUAUUAGACUUAGAGACACUAACGUGCUAGAGAAGAGUACCCCAUCACGUACACAUAUUAGACUUAGAGACACUAACGUGCUAGAGAAGAGUACCCCAUCACGUACACAUAUUAGACUUAGAGACACUAACGUGCUAGAGAUGAGUACCCCAUCACGUACACAUAUUAGACUUAGAGACACUAACGUGCUAGAGAUGAGUACCCCAUCACGUACACAUAUUAGACUUAGAGACACUAACGUGCUAGAGAAGAGUACCCCAUCACGUACACAUAUUAGACUUAGAGACACUAACGUGCUAGAGAUGAGUACCCCAUCACGUACACAUAUUAGACUUAGAGACACUAACGUGCUAGAGAUGAGUACCCCAUCACGUACACAUAUUAGACUUAGAGACACUAACGUGCUAGAGAUGAGUACCCCAUCACGUACACAUAUUAGACUUAGAGACACUAACGUGCUAGAGAAGAGUACCCCAUCACGUACACAUAUUAGACUUAGAGACACUAACGUGCUAGAGAUGAGUACCCCAUCACGUACACAUAUUAGACUUAGAGACACUAACGUGCUAGAGAAGAGUACCCCAUCACGUACACAUAUUAGACUUAGAGACACUAACGUGCUAGAGAAGAGUACCCCAUCAUGUACACAUAUUUUCUUCCUUGUCAGAAACGAUGGACAAUAA